AUGAUUGGGAGAACGCGAACAUUAAAAGGUGUACGAUUCUCUUCGAGGGGUUCUUCAACAGGUUCGAACACCUUGGGAAGUGCUGCUACAGAUAGUCAAAGCACAGGAGAUGAAACUCCAACUCAAUCAGCAGAAGAAGUACCUGCAACUCCGGCUGAGGUUACUAAAGGUACUAAGAGAAAGCGAGGGCCUACAAACAUGAAAGAUAUAUGGAAUCUUCAACCUAGAAUUCGUAUAGUAGUAGAUGCCAACCAAUACGGCCAGCCUAUUGGGAAGGAAGCGUCCAAAUUGGCUGAAUUUCUCGGUACAAUUGCAAGGACUGGUUCUAUCUGUCCUUUGAAUACAAAACAUUGGAAACAUCUUUCUAAAUAUGUGUUGGAAAACAUAUUGAGAAUCGUUCAUGAAAAGUUUGAUCUCCAAGGUAAGGUGGAGGACUCUGACAUCCUCUCACAUGUUGGAAAACUCUGGAAGGAGUUUAAAUCGACUUUGAAAACUAGAUACUACAAAGAGAUGGUCCAAGAAGGUCGACCGAUUGAAGAAAUAUAUGAAAACAAUCCUCCUGGUGUGCAUGAUGAUCAAUGGAAGUGGCUAGUGGAGCGAUGGGGAACACCGCAAGCUGCGGCACAAUCAGAAAAGGCGAAAGAAUCCCGAACAAAGGCUGAGAAGGAAGGCCGUGAACCCUCGCGUUUGGAGCAGUUUAGAUUUCAACAUUUGCGGAAAGAUGGAAGUGACAAAUUGAGCAGUGAGGCAGCAGAACAAGUUUAUGAUGAAGCAUGCAAAAUGGUUAAAGACUCUAUGCCAACACCUGAGAGUUCUUUCGCGCCUCAAGAUAAUAUUGUAUUAGAAAAUGAGAUCUAUACACAAGUGUUCGGCCCUGACAAGAAUGGAAAAAUGUUGGGAUAUGGACGUAGGAUGACCAAAUCCAGGUUGUUUGGCUAUGGGUCAGUCACCCGAGGAAGCCAAUCUACAUCGGCUAUCAGUACAUUGAUUGAAGAGAUGAGUGCUAAACAUGUCGAGCAAAUACAGACAAUUCAAGCCGAACAAGCAGUUCGAGAGAAAACUCUACUCGAGGAAGCAGAAUCUCGAUUUCGUACGGAGGCCGCGGAGCGAGAAACUCGUUUGAUAGCUGAAGCAAAAGAAAGAUUUAUGAAAUUAACUAAAAUUCGAGAGGCAAAGUUCAUGGAAAUGAUGAAUGCUCGUGAGAAAAAGUAUAAGGCUCUCAUAAAUGAGUGUAUGGCAAAGGGAAUGUCAAUUGAAUUUCAGAGUAGCGGACUUGAUGAUAAAGCCUUCAGUUCAGAUGAUGAUGAAUAA